AUGAUUCCGGCAUCUCUAUUUUAAAGAAACAAAAAGGAUAUAAAAAAGCAAGUCUCCGAGAGUGAUGAAGAUGAAACUCCUAUGAGGAGAAAGAAUAAACUCAAUUUUUAAAAUCUUUAGUUAGUUGAUUUCAAUGAGAUAGCAGAUUAAGAAGAAUUGGAAGCAGCUAAAGAAGAAGUUUAAUCAAAUCGAUUUAAAAAUAAUAGUAUAAGAGAAGAAGAAGAAUCAGAUCAAAGCGAAUCAACUUCAAGAAAAAAAUCUAUUAAAUAACUCCGCUUACCUCGAUUGAGUGACAGAAGACAACUAAACACCUCAGAGCAGAUGGAUUAAGUCAAGGAAAAUCAAUAAAGCUAAGAAGAACCAAUGGCUGAACCUAUGGCUGAAUUCGCCAAGACUCCUUCUCCAAAUAGAGCUUCGAGCAGAUCUCCAAAUCAGCCAAGUCAAAAACAACCAACAAUUCAAAAUCAAGAGGACAGUAGCUCUGAAUUCGAUAUAUUUAGCCCUGAUAAAUCUAUGGAAAAGGAAUAGGCUCCAAGAAACAUUGAAUUAGAUGAAAAGCUAAGCAAACUCACUCAAGAAGCCAAUGCGAUCGAAAGAAUAUUACCCAAUUGCAUCAUUAAUCCAUAUGGGAGGUUUAAAUCUACUUGGAGUGGAAUAAUGAUUCUACUUCUCGUUUAUGUAGUUUUAAUCUUACCAGUGCGUUUGGCUUUUGAAACAAACACUCAAGAAUUGCUGGGACUGGAUUUGACUAUAGAUUGUAUCUUUUUCUUUGAUAUGGUUUUUACAUUUUUCACGGCUUAUGAAGAUGAAAGAGGGAUUGUGAUUGUUGAAUUCAAAAAAAUCGCCAUCAAUUAUUUCAAAGGCUGGUUCUGGAUUGAUCUUGUCUCAACUUUCCCUUUAUACUUGAUUUUGGAUCCCUCUGUGCUCCCAGGAGCCUCGAGUGUUAAUGGACUGCUAAGACUGGCAAGAUUACCAAGAAUAUAUAAAUUAGUGGGAGUUUUGAGAGUAGGCAAUCUAAUAAAACAUCAAACAAUCCAAAAAUUUUUAAUCUUGAAAUUCAUAAUUUUAACCUUUAUCGUUAUACAUUUGGCUGGAUGCUUCUGGUAUUUCAUUGGAACCAUAAGUCCUGAUCCAAAUAAAAAUUGGAUUGUUGUAUAUAUACCUGAUGGAACCUCAGCAGUAGAAUAAUAUAUAGCGAGCGUUUAUUUUGUAUUGACUAUUUUGGUUACCGUUGGAUAUGGUAACAUUUUGCCAGUAAACAACAUGGAAUAUGUGGUGGGAAUCAUCUUUCAAUUCCUGGGAGUAGCCUUCUUUGCUUAUGUCAUGGGUACAUUGACAUUUACAUUUGCUAAACUCUCUUAAAAAUUAACCAUGAUUAAGGAAAGAGAAAUAUUUUUUAAUGAAUUGGCUCACACUUAUCAACUGCCCAAAGAAACACAUGAAAGAUUGUUGAUGUCCAUUUAAAACUCUAUUUUUUCUCAUUCAAACUAAAUGUUAGAAUUUUAUAAUGAAGAAGACAUCAUACAAGAAUUGCCACCUUUAGUUUAAGGAUUAGUGUGUGAGUUUAUAUUUAAGGAUAUUAUCGAGAAAAUUAGAUUCCUUCAAAAUAAACCUAGGGGUUUCUUAAGAAGACUAUUUCGAUCAAUGGUUCCAGUAUUUCUCAAUAAAGGAGAUGCCAUUUUCUUCAGAGGAGAACCUGCUGAUUUUGUUUACUUUGUUAUCUAGGGUAGAUUGGCUACAAAAUGUGAGGAUCAAAAUGGAAAGAUUAGAACUCUAAUCCAUGUUGAGGGAUCAUAUUUUGGAGAAGUGGAUAUCUUGGUAUCUAGAGCAAGAGGAGAGUCUGCAAUCGCAGAAUCAUAGGCAGAAGUAUGGAAGAUCAGUAAGGAAGCUUUUCUUAGGAUUCUCAAUGAUUAUGAAGAUGUGAAGAUGGAGAUUUUAGAUUAUGCUGUUAAGAAGGAGAAGAGUAGGAAGAGCACAGUUAAAAUAGUGAAGAAUGCUCAGUUCUUUGAGUUGAUAGCUAAAUCAAAGAAGGAUUAGAUUUGUUUGAAUAAGGGUCAAUUGAUCUUGAAGGUCAAGGAGAAGAUGAUAAAUUCUUUGAAUGAGAUAGUAAAAAAUAAAACUGAAAAUGGAAAGGAGUUGUUUCCAAAUCUCUCUGAUUUAGAUCUCUUUUUGGAUAAAGUUAGCGAAUACAACAAAAUUAAAAAGAAGUUACAAAUAACAGAUCAGGAUUUGACUUCACUCUAACAUCUAAGAAGCACAAAUUACACGGAUCCAGAAAUCGAAGAUUCUCUAUUAAAAGGGAUGAGAGUCUAAUCUCAUCUCUAAUCAAUUUAAGAAUAUUUGUGA